AGAUACUAUGGUUCUGGGUUUCUAAUCCCAGAGAUUGUAGAUGGUGCUAAUGUUCUUGAUUUGGGCUGUGGAUCAGGAAGCUUGGUGUUUGUUCUCAGUAAGUUAGUCGGAAUUAAAGGACGGGUCACUGGGCAUGAUUUGACCCCAGCUUUUGUGAACGAAGCCGAAAAGUAUAUAAACUAUCAUCGUGAGAAAUGGGGUUACAAUGAUACUAACGUCACAUUUAAAGUUGGUAAUAUAGAGAAGUUUGACGAUAUCUCUCUACCUGAACAAUCUCAAGAUGUCAUUGUGUCUAAUGGAGUGAUAUGUUUAUGUCCCAAUAAGAAAAAUGUGUUUACAAACGUUUACAGAUUGUUAAAGGAUGGUGGUGAAUUUUGUUUGAGUGAUUUUUAUGCUGAUAGAGACAGAACAGCUGAGAAAUUACAUGAUCCCAAACUAUUUUCUCUUGGAACAACUGGUUCAAUGAAAUGGGACGAUGUUGGAUUUACUAAGCCAUAUUUAGUUGAUGCUCCUGUGGUUUGCAACAAUAAAGAGAUUCAUGCCGAAGUCGCAAAUGCUGAAUUUUUAUGUGCUGAAUACAGGUUUUUUAAGUUGCCCCAGGGUGCCAAACGAUCUGCAGCAGAAGUGACGUACAAGGGUAACAUUCAAGGAAUUGAAGAUGUCUUCCAAUGGGAUAUUAAUACAACCUUCAAGGUAUUAAAUCCAGUAGAUUCUGAUCUAACCUCUAUCUUGGCAUUUUCAAGAUAUAAAGAUAGUUUUAUUUUUAAAGAUACCGACCGAGCAGUCAAAACCCCAAACGUAUGUUCUGCCAUUUCUAUAUCUUUCAUUAUGGUCGGAAUUACACAACUCUUGGUUACUUCUACAUUGUUCAAGAAGCUUGCAUUUGUUGUUGGAACAAAAGUUCAUUUCUAUGUUUAUGGUCGUUUUCUGUCAUAA